UAUUCAUUCUCUUCAACACAAAUGCCAAAGAAUACACUUUACGUGACAGGCUUCUCGAGGGAAUCCAAGGCAGCUGACUUGGCCCCAGACUUUGAAAAAUAUGGUGAAUUAGUCAGAUUGGACAUCCCACCUCCAAGAACCGACGAUGGCGACAAGUUUGCCUUUGUUGAGUACAAGAACGCCGAAGAUUGCGAAAAGGCCUUGGAACUCAAUGGUAAAGAACUCUCAUUCUCGAAACAGGGUGGCCUCAUAGUACAACAAGCUAGAUCGGAUCCAUACUCCAGCAAGAGAGGAUCUUCCAGAGGCGGAAGAGGUGGCUACAGAGGCUACAGAGGUGGCCCACCUCCACCUUCAUACGGAUACGGAUACGGCUAUUCUGGAAAGGACUAUGGAUAUCCUGAAGAUUAUGGUUAUGGUGGCGGAUACAGAGACGCACCACCACCUCCUAGAGGAAAUGGACACGACGGAUUCAGAGGAGGACGCAGAGGUGGAUACAGAGACUACGAUGGUUAUGACGACGGUUAUGACUACGAUAGAGGAUAUGAUAGCAGAGACAGAGAAAGAGGAGGAUAUCGUGGAGGAGCAAGAGAUUAUAAUAGUCACGAACGACCUGAAAGAUACGACAGAGGAUAUGAUAGAGGCGGAUACCCUCCUAGGGAUCGUAGAGGCUCCGAGAGGGACUACAGGUCAAGUCGUAGAGAAAGUGGACCUCCAUCACCUUCCAGAGAACCAGCGUACGAUCCCAGAGAAAGACCGGAUGGACCUUCCAGUGAAGUACCAGAGGGAAAUGGAGGCGGAGAAAAGACAUACGGAAGAGGUCGGUACUCGAGAUCACCUUCCAGAUCACCAGUAAGACGUGACAGGUCAAGAUCACCAGAACGUUAUUAGUAUACAUAAAUAAAUAGAGAAAAAGUAUUGAUAAUAGAAUUGGUUAAGAGC